AUGGAUGAGAAACGGGUCGAUUGCCUUGAUUUGUUAACAUUUCAGGAUAUGUUGGAUAAAUUGCGAAAGAUCGAUGAUAAAAUAUUGUUUGAACUAAACACUGCUCUGCCUAGCGAAUCAUUUUCUUCCAAUAUGGACAAAGGCGAAAAAUGUCGUUCCAUUUAUAAGGAGUUAUUAACUAUGAGAGUUAAAAGGAUGAAUUUGAUACAACACUGUGUUGAUGAAAAUCAAACAAACAUUUCCCGUUUGCGAAAGGAAAAAUCCCCAAUAGCAGAUAUUCGUAGUGCUCAAAAUACUCUGCGAGUAAUCCGAUCAGAAAUGGAUGUAGAAAGCAUUGUCAAUGACCGGAGUGAAAAAGCUGUGCACGAUCGUUGUAGGACCUUCCUAUGA